AUGGAUGAUCUGAAUUGGGAUGGCUCAGAAGUUUUGGACGAGAGAGCGCGAAUCUUGUGGAAUACUCAGCAGCAACAGAACUUAGAAGGAUGCUACAACAUAACAAACUCUCUUACUCAUGAAAUACAAGAGAUGCAUAAGGUUGAAAUUGAUCAUGGUGCAUAUUCAAAUUCUGAAAGAGUGAUGAUGAUUCCGAAUAAAAAUCUGUUACAGCAUGCAACAAGCAUGACAGUGAAAUCAAAAGCUGGAUCCAGCUGGGAAGAGCCUUUAAUACAACAAUCAGAUCAAUCCCUUUUGGUCAAUAGACAUUACAACAUGCCAGAUUUCAACUUGGCCCACCACCACCACCAACAACAACAACUCAAAUUUAACAACUCUUUUGAUUGUUUGCUUUCAGAUACUAAUAGCAACACAGACACUUCUGUUGAAAAUGAUCAUGAUGGUGGAAUUUCAAAGUUAUUUUCUGACUGCAGAAAUUUAUGGAGCUUCAAUUAUGUCAGUCCUACAUCGUCAUCCGGUGAAACCGAUAGUAAUGUUUCAAAAUUUUCAAACUAUGAAACGCUGACACAAACACGGGUGUCAGACAAACCUUCAACCAGAAGUGUUGGUUUAAAUGGUACAAGUUACGAAGCAUUGGGACAGACACGUGCACCAGACACACGUUCAAUCAGAAGUGUUAGUUCAAACGGUAUAAGUUAUAAAACACAGAUACAGACACCAGAUAAGUCUUUGAUCAGACGCGUUGGUAAGAAAGACGUGCGAUGUCCAUUCAAUGUUGAACUUGACAAAACAGUGUCUCAAAGCUCAUCAGAUCAAUACAUCACUCAAAGAAAAGCAAUCAACUCAAGUACUAUUCAUAAUUCUUCAUCUCUUGAAGGUGGUUUUAGCCUUAUCACUGAUAAACCACCAAAAAGCAAGAAACCGAGAUCUGACAAAAGACCUUGUUCAACCAACAUAAAUUUCCAACAACCAAAUUCAUCAUCAUCAUCAAUAUGUUGUUCAUCUUCAACCGAAGAGCCUGAUCGAGAAGCAAUAGCGCAAAUGAAGGAAAUGAUGUAUAGAGCUGCAGCAUUUAGGCCAGUGAGUUUCGGAAUCGACGACAUCGAUGUGAUUGAAAAAAAGCCUAAGAGAAAGAAUGUUAGGAUAUCAAAUGAUCCACAAACUGUGGCUGCAAGGCAAAGAAGGGAAAAAAUAAGUGAUAAGAUUAGGGUUUUGCAAAAGAUUGUACCUGGUGGAAACAAAAUGGACACUGCAUCAAUGCUUGAAGAAGCUGCAAAUUAUCUCAAGUUUUUAAGGUCACAAAUUAAGGCACUUGAAAGUUUAGGUAACAAAGUUAAUGCUAUGGAUUGUAAUAAUCCAAAUAGUAUUGCUUUCUCUUUUGAUCCUUCUUUUUCCAUGCAAAUGGUUCCUAGUAGUUACAAUCAUCAUUCACAGGGUUGA